UAAACAGAAUAGUACAAUUUACAGGUUAGUAGCGUUGUACCCAUAGCAUGUAUCCCAUCCUUAAUUGUUGAUAGUCUACAAAUCCAUUGGCUAAUUUCUUCUCAUUAUCUAGUCUUGCCCGGGUCCAUUUGUUAGCGAAACUCUUCUCCCUCAUCUAAAUUCUAUUAUUAUGGUUUUAUCACUCUUCUACCUACUUGCUUAGCACAAUAAAGUACUAUGAGCUAACCCAAACCACAUUUUUAUAAAUAAAUUGGUGCAGGACUACCAUAUCUCGUUUUAGUACCGUAUAUUGUCUUCCCAAUUUUAAUUCAAAUGUUAGUAAGUUGAGUCUGAAGACCUGAAACUCAUUUGUACUAGUGCCUGUUUUAUAAUAAAUAUUGUUACAAGACACACAUUAAAGCAGAAGUUGAGUUAAUUUGUGACCCAUACAUCAGAUAUUUGCUACUACCAAGGACAGGGAAUCUAAUAGUAUUAUUCUCUGGCGAAUAAUAUUUAUUAUAAUACCUGUCCUCUGGGGAUUAAGAGAAUAAGCUAGUUUGUAGUUUAUCUUAGGUACUACACUGUUUCAAGGAAGUUAUUGUAUUACAGACUUUUCUAACAUCUAUACUAUUGUCACUUGUCCAAAUGAUCAUAUUUGUUAAUCUAUAGUUGUUAGUGAAAACUUGUUAUUUUAAUCUAUUUCAAGUUUUUGGUUUAUUUUUCUCUUCAACUUUGAUAAAUGAUUUGAGAUUUUGCCUGUGUAUAUCCUUCGUAGGAAUAAGAACACACACAUUUGAUUUAUAGAUAUAUUAUUAUCAAUAAUCUUUAUGUGUGUUUCAAGACAGUGGUUACUAUAAUUAACCUAAUAGUAAUGGGCAGUAACGUACUUUAUUUUACGGUACAUGUUUCUGUAGCAAAUAGUUUUUCAUGUACAUUUGAGGUACUUGUAAUGCCGAGUUAUGUUACCACUUAGUUUGAAAUGUAUAUGGCGGUUCUUGAACAUCUAGGAAAUAGUGGCGAUGUUAUUAUCACGUAUUCCUUGCGGGUUAUUUUAUUAUGACUUCUGUGUGAUUGUUCAACACGAUGGUAGUCUACAUUUCUCAGUUCCAUCAUUACUUAAUAUCUUAUGUUUGUUGUGUGUUCUGAAAGCCUUGUUAAACUUGAUUUGCUUCCAUUCUCACGGAUCUUUGAUAGCUGGGGCUUCUAUCGGUAUAAGCAUCAAGAAGCUACCAAUUCUAUGAUAUAUUUAAAAAUAAUCGUUUGUACUUGAUGCAAUCAAGGUAUUCUGUAAUUGGAAAAACCUUUGUUCACUUGUUCGCGCCUCCAAUAUUCACAAGUAGAAUAAAAAAACUACUUUCCAUUAACAUAAUUAACUGAAUAUUUACUAAUCCAUUUAUGACCUCUCUCUGGCCAAAUAGAAAUACCAACUGUUAGACUUUCUUACAGGUUGAUCCAGGUUAUGUAUCCUUUCCUUUUUAAUAUUUUAUUUGUUUAAUAUGAAAGACAUUAAAAUUGUAAUUUUCCUCUUUUAUUUCGUCUAAUUACAGUAAAUAUGUCAACAGAACAAAUAAUACAAAAUGACAGUGACUUACCUCCUCCAUACUAUCAAAUAAAUCACGAAUGUAUUCGUCGUUACAAACGUAGAACUCAUUGUGCUUACUUCACAUUAAUUAUAUCAGGCAUUGUAAUGAUGCUAUUCGGUGCCCUUAUUCUCGUGAUUUUGAUACCACAAGAAAUCAAUUUAUAUCGAUGGAAUAUAAAAGGACCAUUAUCAAGAUUUUUUAAUCACGACAAAACUGUCUUACUAAUUAGUAUGGAUGGAUUUCGUCAUGAUUAUAUAGAAUUGACUAAAACUCAUCUGGGCUCUAAUGCAUUACCGAAUUUCGAUCGUCUAAUAUCGGAGGGUGUACGAGCUAUGGAAUCGAUCAAUGUUUAUCCUACAAUUACUCUACCUAAUCAUCGUACAUUAAUUACCGGUUUGUAUCCUGAAAAUCAUGGAGUUGUUGGGAAUAGUCUACUGGAUAAGAAAUGGCCAAAUAAAAUUUUCAGUAUAUAUGAUCAGGAAAGCCUAAAUCAUGCUCCGUGGUUAACUGAUUGGCCUGAACCUAUAUGGGUUACAUUGCAAAAAAAUGGUGGCUAUACUGGUUCACUUUUAUGGCCUUUAACUGAUCAGUUUGUUAGCGAUGAUUUACCAUUUCAACGAGUUUCACAAUAUGCUUUACUUAAUGACUAUGAACACCGUUAUGCGUAUGAUCAACGAAUCAGAGAUAUACUGUGGUGGCUAAAAAAUCCUAGAUAUCAUUUAAAUUUAAUUUUAGCUUAUUUUGAAGAACCUGAUGAAACUGGUCAUUCAUACGGUCCUAAUAGUAAACAUGUUGCGAAAGUUGUUCAAACCUUAGAUGAAACACUUGGUCAUCUAUUAGACGGUAUCAAAAAACGUGGUCUUUCUGAUAAAGUAGAUAUUAUUCUAACUGCUGAUCAUGGUAUGUCUGAAACAUCAAAUACUCGUCUUAUUCCGUUGGACAAAUAUAUUGAUGAUUCUUUGUACAAUUAUACUCAAUUAUCAACCAUGGGAUUCCUUUAUCCUGCACCUGGGAAAUUUGAAGAAGUGUACAAACGUCUAAAAAAUGCGCAUCCAAAAUUAGAUGUGUAUCGAAGAGAUGAAGUUCCUACCUAUCUGAAUUUCAAUAUAACGAACUCUCGUAUGCCUCCAUUGAUACUUAUUGCUAAGCCAAGUUGGAAAAUUGUAAAGAACACUUCACAUCCUUACGCUAAUGUUUCUGGUGAUCAUGGUUAUGCAACAGAUUUCUCUGAAAUGUAUCCAUUCUUCAUUGCAAGUGGUCCUUCUUUCAAGAUUGCUGAGAGCGUUCCUAAUGUCCAUGCUGUAGACGUUUAUCCACUAAUGUGUGCAUUAUUAAAUAUUCAACCAAAUCCAAACAAUGGCAGCCUAGAACGUAUUUCAAGCAUACUGAAACCUGAUGUUGCCAAUCGCCUUUUGAAUUCGAAUAGUUGGUCAUAUUUAUGGAAAUGGAUCAUAUUUGAUUUAAGAUUUAUUUUAUUUAUUUCAAUUAUAUGCGUUUCAUUUAUGAUUUUACUCUGUUCAAUUGUAGUUGUGAUGAAUCGUAAAGAAACCAAUGAACCAUUCAUUCGUCUACCCAUUGAUAAUGAUAAAGAGUUUUCAGAUUAUAAUACAUGA